AUGGAUGUGUUCCUUUUUGUGUGUGUGUGUCUGUGUUGGGUGGGGGGGGGCGCCCUAGUGCUAGUGUUAGAACAGGCUUGGAAGGACCUGGGCUUUCUGUUUCUCAAAAGAUAUUUUAUUGUAUUAGCUUUGUUGGUGGCCAAUAUAUAUGGUCACGAUUUUUCUGCUUUCCGUCGAUGGGGCGAUUCUGAACAGAGACCACUAGCACGCCGUGCUUGGGCAUUAAUGCAGAAUGCUGAAGUAUUGUAUAGGGCUGCUUCAUUCUUUAACCUAUUAUUGUUUCUUUAUGGUGGAAGGUACAAAACUAUUGUAGAAAGGAUUCUGAAGGCAAGACUUGUUUAUGGGGGCCCCAACAUGAAUAGAGCUGUUAGCUUUGAGUACAUGAAUGGCCAGCUGGUCUGGAAUGAGUUUUCGAUGGAAAAGAUCUCUAUGAUAAAUCCUUGGAAUGAUAUUUUUACCAAGUCAAAAAUGUCGCAUUGUUAUCAUGAUUCAAAUGCAGCUUGCAUGACUCUGGUGUCAUAA